AAGUAAUUUCAAAGCCAGUCGGACCAUGGCCUUUGAAAGGGUUACACAAAAGGACUGGUACAAAAUCCUGGGCGCAAAUCCAUCGGACAGUUUGGCAGAACUAAAACGGAAGUACCAAAAACUUGCUUUAUUAUAUCAUCCAGACAAACAGAAGGCAGAUGUGCCAGCAGGAGAAGUGGAGGAGCGCGUGCAGAGGUUCAUCGAAAUUGAUCAAGCGUGGAAAAUUCUAGGGAACGAAGAGACAAAAAAAGAGUAUGACCUGCAGCAGCGUGAAGAUAAUCUGACAAAAGAAUGGCCACUACACGCACAAAUUUAUCUCGAGGAUAUGUCCUGGAAUGAAGAUGAACAAUGUUAUACUCUCUCAUGCCGAUGUGGUGGGAAUUACAGUGUCUUCAAGAGUGAAACCAAAGAUGUGUCUUUGGUUUGUUGUGACACAUGUUCACUUGUUAUCGAGAUCCUUCAAUGA